AUGGAGCCCCCAGCGCAGGCGCCCUGGUGGCGCGAGCGCAGGUACCACAUCGUGGCGGUGUGCUUCCUGGCGACGUUCACGAUGUACGUCGAGCGCCAAGGCUUCUCAAUCGCCUUCACGGCGAUGGCCCGCAGCGCGGCCAUCGACGAGGGGGUGAAGGGCAGCGUGUUCUCGGACUUCUACUGGGGAUACGGCCUGUCUCAGAUCCCUGGGGGGGCGGCGGCGCAGCGCCUGGGUGGGCACUGGAUGCUGCUGGUGUCGUUCCUGCUGUGGUCAAUGGCCGAGGUGCUCACGCCGACGGACGCGAGCUACACGCUGGGGGUGGCCACGGCACGCGUCCUCGUGGGGGCCGCCCAGGGCUUCAUCAUACCAUCGGUGCACACCGUGCUGGCGCAGUGGAUCCCGCCCAAUGAGCGCGCAAAGGCGACUUCGGCAACUACCUCAGGGAUGUACUUGGGAUCUGCUUCUGCCCUGUAUUUCCUUCCCUCUGUGGUGUCCUACUAUGGGCCAGGCAGAGUGUUGAAGCUUGUGGGAGGGCUUGGGCUGUCAUGGCUGCUGCUGUGGCUGUGCGUUGGGAGGAAGCCGCCUCCUGUCAGGCUGAAUGAGCUGCCUGUUGCAGUUGGCCACAAGGGGCAGCCCAAUGUUGACAACGCAAUUCCCUGGCGGGGCAUGUUCACCGCACUUCCCAUAUGGGCCAUUGUUCUGAACAAUUUCACAUUUCACUAUGCAGUGUACGUCGUGCUGAAUUGGCUUCCAACAUACUUCCAUAGCUUGUUACAGCAAGAUCUAGCAGAUCUUGGAGCUGUCAAGACCGUUCCCUUCUUGCUUAUGUUCAUCACAUCCAAUGCUGGUGGUUGGGCUGGGGACUGGCUUAUCAUGAAGGGAGCUUCAAGGAGGGCAGGAAGGGUUAUCGUGAACACCGCUGGAUUCUGGGGUGCAGCGUUGUUCUUGAUUUUGAUGCCAUUUGCUGGGGGCGUCACAAGUGGGGUGCUGUACACUUCCCUGGCGAUGGGCUUCCUGGGCUUUUCCCGUGGUGGCUUUUCAGUGAACCACAUGGAUGUGACACCAGGACAUGCGGGCGUCGUGAUGGGUUUCUCCAAUACAGCAGGCACCAUCUCUGGCGUCAUUGGUGCACAACUGACUGGCUAUUUCCUGGAGCAGCAUGGAGGUAGCACAGACCCAGCUGGGUGGAUUGUGUCCUUUUUUGUGUGUGCGGCACUUGCUGUGUUAGGAUCAAUAGCUUUCAUAAUAUGUGCAAAGGGGCGACAAAUAGAUUUAGCACCACCUCCACAAAGGUGA